AUGGCUACAACCAUGUUCAAAUAAAAUGAGAAAAAUUUCAAGAACAAAGUGGAAGAAUUUAAUAAUCUUUAUAAAUAAUAUGCACUCACUUAAAGUAAACAACUAGUUUUUGAAAAGAUGAAACUCGUUUUCGUCCAAGCUGAACAUCAAUUCAAAUUCAUGGAAAUUGAAUUUGGAUCAUUCACAGAGAUGCAUUAAAAAGACUAUGUCCAAUCUAUGAAGGCCAACAAACUCACAUAUGUAGAAUGCCAAAAGAAACUCAGAGACUUGCAAUUCGAUCUAGAGAAACUGCCAUUCUCAAAUUCUAGCAGCAAUAGCAAAAAACUAAAUCCAUCUCCAAUCGGAGGACUCAACUCGGACUUACAGGUCUAAACAAAAUAAUUAGAAACUCUGGAUUCUCGCUUAUUGGAGGCAGAAGAUACUUAAUUAACUAUUCUAGAUAACGUAAGAAAUCAAAAGGAAAAGCUGCUUAAAGCCAUAGAAGAUACCAAAGAAAUCCAAAUGGGAGUUUAAAUGACUCAAAGACAUGCCACUAUGAUUAAGAAUCGUCAAUCAUACAAUAAGGGGAUCCUCCUCUCCUUAAUUUGCAUAUUGACAAUAGGAAAUAUACUUAUUUUAUAUUACAAAUUCAUAAGUUGA